UCCCUCCUCCUCCUCCGGACACCCACCUGUUUGCAGCUGAGCGCGCAUGCGCAGAAAGAGAGAGGGAGGAGAGAGACGGAGAGCUAGCUCCCCAGUCCGGCUCCGCUGCUCUUCCCUGCCGGAGGGCGCCGCAGAGCAAGGAUGGCUGAGAGGCUGGCCCCGGAGCCGCCCGCCAUGGACCGCUUGUCCCCGGCUUCGGCGGCGGGAGGCGGGCUGGAGGCGGCGGGCGAGGAGUCCUCGGACAGCGAAGGGGAGCAGGAGGGCGGCGGAGGGGGCGCCUCCUCGCACAAGCUCAUCCGCAAGGUCUCCACCUCCGGGCAGAUGCGCACCAAGAAAAGUGUGAAGGAAGGUCUCCUGUUGAAGCAGACAAGCUCCUUCCAGAGGUGGAAGCGGAGAUACUUCAAGCUGCGCGGACGGACUCUCUACUACGCCAAGGACUCCAAGUCCCUGAUCUUCGAUGAAGUGGACCUGUCCGAUGCCAGUGUGGCAGAAACCAGCAUCAAGAACAUCAACAACAGCUUCACGGUGAUCACGCCUUUCCGGAAACUCAUCCUCUGCGCAGAGAACCGGAAGGAGAUGGAAGACUGGAUCGGGGCCCUGAAGUCUGUCCAAAAAUGGGAAGUCAAUGAGGCCUCCCAGUUCAACAUGGAGCACUUUUCCGGCAUGCACAACUGGUAUGCCUGUUCCCAUGCGCGCCCCACCUUCUGCAACGUCUGCCGUGAAGCCCUCUCCGGCGUCACGUCCCACGGCCUCUCCUGCGAAGUCUGCAAAUUCAAAGCCCACAAGCGCUGUGCAGUCAGAGCCACUAACAACUGCAAGUGGACCACGCUGGCCUCCAUUGGGAAUGACAUCAUUGAGGAUGAAGACGGGGUGGCCAUGCCCCACCAGUGGCUGGAGGGGAACCUGCCCGUGAGCGCCCGCUGUGCCGUCUGCGACAAGACCUGCGGGAGCGUGCGGAGGCUGCAGGACCUGCGCUGCCUCUGGUGCAAGGCCAUUGUGCACAGCGCUUGCAAGGAGCAGCUGGGGAAGAAGUGCCCUUUGGGGCAGUAUAAGGUCUCCAUCAUCCCCCCCACUGCCCUCAAUAGCAUUGACUCGGACGGGUUCUGGAAGGCUACCUGCCCCUCUUCCUGCUCCAGUCCACUGCUGGCCUUUGUCAACUCCAAGAGUGGAGACAACCAGGGCGUCAAAUUCCUCCGCAAGUUUAAGCAGUUCCUCAACCCAGCACAAGUCUUUGACCUGAUGAAUGGGGGACCACACUUGGGGCUGCGUCUCUUUCAGAAGUUCUCCACUUUCCGCAUCUUGGUCUGUGGAGGUGAUGGCAGCGUUGGAUGGGUGCUCUCAGAAAUUGAUUCCCUGGGGCUCCACAAGCAGUGCCAGCUUGGUGUGUUGCCCUUGGGAACGGGGAACGACUUGGCCCGGGUCCUGGGAUGGGGCAGCCUGUGCGAUGACGACACACAGCUGCUUCAGGUCCUGGAGAAGCUGGAGCGAGCCACCACCAAAAUGCUGGACAGGUGGAGUGUCCUGACCUACGAAGCCCCCAAACAGUCCCCGCCAGCCAUCAAAGAAGAGGAGAACGAGGACUCCAACAUGCAGGCUCACAUUUCCCAGUAUGCCGAUUCGGUGGCCCUCCAUUUGGCUAAGAUCUUGGAGUCGGACAAACACUCAGUGGUGAUUUCCUCUGCAAAGUUCCUCUGUGGGACAGUCAAUGACUUUGUGGCUGACGUUGGCAAAGCAUACGAGCGGACGACCGACAGCAAGCAGGAAGCGGACACCAUGGCGCGGAAGUGUGCCAUGCUCAAUGAGAAACUGGACUCUCUGGUUCGGGAGCUGAACGAAGAGUCCCAGGCCACUGUGCUUCCCGAAGGCACCCCUCCGCCCUCCGCCCUGCCCAGCCCAGGCGCAACGGACAAUGACAGCAAGGAGGGCCCCUUCCAUCCGAGCCCCGUGCCCAGGAUCUUCAAGUCCAAGGAGCAGCUCAUGCUCAGAGCCAACAGCCUCAAGAAGGCCCUGCGGCAGAUCAUUGAACAGACGGAGAAAGCUGUGGAUGAGCAGAACAAGCAAACCCAAGCUUAUCGGAGCAUCUCAGCAGCCGGCAAGAAGGACAGCAACGAGGAUUUCAACAAAGAGACAGAGAAACUCAAGUCCCGCCGGGACACAGUCAUCUCCACCACGUCCUCCAUCAUCCUGGACAGGCCAGAGAGCUUCAGCGCUGUCCAUUUUGCAGAGGACCCCAGUGCCAUACAAUUCUCCGAAAGAUGCGUCAUGAAUAAUUAUUUUGGCAUCGGCCUGGACGCAAAGAUCUCCCUGGAGUUCAACAACAAGAGGGACGAGCAUCCAAAAAAAUGCAGCAGCCGCACAAAGAACAUGAUGUGGUACGGAGUCCUGGGGACAAAGGAGCUGCUCCAGAGGACGUACAAGAACCUGGAGCAGCGGGUCCAGCUGGAGUGUGACGGGGUGCCCAUUUCCUUGCCCAGCCUGCAAGGCAUUGCUGUGCUGAACAUCCCUAGCUAUGCAGGAGGCAUCAACUUCUGGGGAGGCACCAAAGAGGACAGCAACUUUGGGGCCCCCUCGUUUGACGACAAGAAGCUGGAGGUGGUGGCCGUCUUUGGCAGCAUCCAGAUGGCUGUCUCACGGGUCAUCAACUUGCAGCAUCACCGCAUCGCUCAGUGCCGGAUGGUGAAGAUCACGAUUCGGGGUGACGAGGGGGUCCCAGUUCAAGUUGAUGGGGAAGCGUGGAUCCAGCCCCCGGGAAUGAUCAAGAUCCAGCACAAGAACCGGGCCCAGAUGCUGACCAGAGACAGGGCCUUUGAGAGCACCCUCAAGUCCUGGGAGCACAAGCAGAAGGGCGAGGGCUACCGCUCCUCCUCCCGACACCGGCUCAGCUCCCAGCAGUCCAUGGAGUAUCUGACGGACGAGGAGCAGGCACAGAUGCAGCAGCUGGCCCAAGACACAGAGACACUCAUUGACAGGAUCCGUGAGGCUGCCAAGACCCACCGCGCCAUUGAGCAGGAGCUGGCGCAUGCUGUGAAUGCCAGCUCCUUGGCGCUGAGUGAAACGCUUCCCAACAAGAACAGCAGCGGUGGAACCGAGCCACUUCUGUUCCUGAGCCGGAGCUCCGCCGUGGAGCUGUCUGCCAGCGUCAAAGCCCUUUACACCGAAACCCGGGCUUUUCUGGAAGGGAAACUGCAACUGGACUCCCCUCAGCAGGAGGAAGGCCUGCGCCAUGCCCUGAGCUCCGUCAGUCAAGAGCUGCGAAGGCUCUCCGAAAUACACUGGAUGGCCCCCAUCAUCAGCUCCACCGAAGAGGGCAUCAGUCAGGAAGCAUCUGGCGCCGCCAACAAGGGCAGCCUGAAGCUGCGGAUCAACCUGGCAAAGCCCAAGAAGGAGAAGCUGCAGAAGCACCGCUCCAGCGGAGUCGCUCCAGUGGAGAACUGGGGCCCAGAGGAAGUGGUGGCUUGGCUGGAGGCACUCGACUUGGGGGAAUACAAGGAGACCUUCCUGCGCCACGACAUUCAGGGUGCGGAGCUGAUCCUGUUGGAGAGGAAGGACUUGAAGGACCUUGGGGUCUCCAAAGUGGGCCAUCUGAAGAGGAUCCUGCAGGGAAUUAAGGACGCCGCCAGCCAGCAAUAGAGAAGCUCUCCUCCGAAGGAAAGACCCCAAGGGCACUGGAGACCCCCUUCCUGUCGGCUGAUGCCAUCCGUUUCCAUCAGCAGGAAGAGAGUGGGGAUGAAUGAUGUAUAUGUUGCCUGCAGAUGGGGCCUUCAGACGAGGGGAGUUUCCAUGCGCCCCAGCAUUGCCAAUGUUUACAUCUCCAUCUUUGCCAAAGACGGUGGCUUGGCAGUGUCCUCCUGUCCCUCCCCUUGGGCCCCAAUUCAUCUGCCCAUCCCCUGUCCCAGUCUCUUGUGUGAUAUUGCAUGGUGAUGAAUGGGGAAGUGUUUGCACCAUCUCUAAAACCCCAUUGACUCGA